AUGGCCACCACGGUUGUAAGAGUUGCUACUACAGCUUCGCUCUUCUGCAUGUUGCUUCAAGGCAUCUCCGCACACCCCGGUCAUCAACAGUCGGUUCUCGACAACGACAAUUGUCCAACAGGUGUCCAUAUUGUUGGUGUACGCGGAACUCUGGAGAAACCUGGCUUCGGUGCACUUCAAGAAAUUGUCGAUGAUCUAUUAAAGGAGCUGCCCGGGUCUGACAGUUUCCCCAUUGACUAUCCCGCCUCAGGCAUCGUAGUCGACCCUGAAACCAACGAGACUCAGUACAGGUUUGCCCAGUAUAGUGCGUCCAAAAACGAGGGAUAUAAUGCACUUGCUCUUGAGAUCAAGGAAUUUGCGAACAAAUGUCCUGAGACAGGAAUAGUGCUAAUGGGCUACUCCCAGGGAGCUCAUGUUGUCGGAGACUCGCUUUGCGGUGUCCGACCUGGUUUGUUCUGGCCCCAUUUCCCAAUUCCGUCGGAGUACUUGGAGUCUGUAAGAGCAAUCAUCCAGCUUGGUGACCCUACAAACACUAGGAACUUGGCAUGGCAUGCUGGAAACUCUACAAAGGGAGGAAUUUUUCCACGUCAGACAUUCGCUCAGUGCAAACACUUCGGGGACAUUUGGCGGUCGUACUGUGAUAAAGAUGAUUUCUUCUGCGACCGUGGUAAUUCAAUCACUGUACACAUGGGCUAUGUGCAGAGGUACAAAGAAGACAUUGUCGACUUCAUUGUUAAGAAUGUCAAGCAGGCGGAAGGCCGUACUGGCCGCACGUUUCAUUUCGAUACAUCUGAAACCGACUUGUGA